AUGUCUUUCUUCGGCCCCAACGCCCAGCGACGCCAAUACCUGCGCCCAGCAACCUCCCCGUCCUCAGCAAAUCUCCUCCAGCCAAGCGCACUCGUCCCCGGCGCCUACUCAGGCAAGCGAACACCAAGCCAAGGUUCCCUGGUUCACCUGGACUCACGGUACGGCUCGUUACCUUCAAGCAAACAUGGCUCUCUAGUCUCGUCGGUCUCAGACAAGUUCUCGCUCUCGCCAGACCCAACCGCCUGGGGCUCAAACCUCUCUCCAGACUUCGUAGAAUCCGACGACUAUUUGCAUAAUCCUGAUCCACGGCGGGACCGUUUGAGCGAUCAUGGCGCCAACCUUUUCACCUACCGCGGGCUCACCAACCUCGGCUGCCUGAUUCUGCUGUGUGUGGGGCUGCUCGCGCUCUUUGCCGGAUAUCCACUCAUUUCCCAUUUUACCUCUACUCGACCAUCCACGUUGGGGGGGUUUAAUAUUGGAGGCAUCAACGCGUCUGGUCAGAUUCCCACCAUGGCUGGAAACUGGGGCCUCAUCGAUGUGGAUACGCCUCAAAGCGUGUACGUCAAGCCCUCGUACCACGACCCUACAGUGGAGAUGCAGCUCGUGUUCAGCGACGAAUUCAACACCGACGGACGGACAUUCUAUCCAGGGGACGACCCGUACUGGGAAGCUGUUGAUUUGCAUUACUGGGCUACGAACAACCUGGAAUGGUACGACCCCGCAGCAAUCAUGACCAAUAACGGCGCGUUGGAGAUUACUCUGUCCCAAAAGGCGACUCAUGGGCUCAACUAUCAGGGAGGAAUGAUGACGACGUGGAACAAGUUUUGCUUUACCGGAGGGCUCAUUGAGUCGGCGGUCACGCUUCCCGGCGCCAACAAUGUUGUGGGGCUCUGGCCUGCCAUAUGGACAAUGGGAAAUUUAGGUAGGGCUGGUUACGGUGCAAGCCUUGAGGGGAUGUGGCCAUACACCUACGACGCAUGUGAUGUCGGCACCGCUCCAAAUCAGACUCUCAAUGGUCUGCCUGUCGCCGCCACCGUCAACGGUGAUGCAGGGAACGGGGGCGUUCUGUCCUACCUGCCCGGUCAGAAACUCUCUAGAUGCACAUGUAAAGGGGAAUCCCAUCCAGGACCCGUACACUCUGACGGCACCUACGUCGGACGCGCAGCUCCCGAAAUCGACAUAUUCGAGGCUCAAAUCAGCGGCACACCACUAACAGGCCAAGUCUCACAAUCAUCCCAAUGGGCGCCCUUCAAUGCCGGUUAUGAUUGGUUUAAUACCUCCGCGAAUUUGAUCAUACCCGACCCGACGAUCUCGGUGCUCAACGAGUACAAGGGCGGCGUGUUCCAGCAGGCGACGUCGGUCGUUUCUGAAACGGACCAAAAUUGUUAUGAGCUUACAGGGAAGGGAUGCUUUUCGGUCUAUGGGUUCGAGUAUACGCCUGGGUUUGAUGGAGCUUACAUCUCGUGGAUCUCGAACGACAAGCUUGCGUGGACGAUGAAUGCAGGCGGGAUGGCCGCCGACCCUAAGGUCAACAUCUCCGCAAGACCAAUUCCCCAGGAGCCCUUGUACAUCCUCGCUAACCUCGGCAUGUCGAACAAUUUCGGUGAUGUCGACCUCGAGCACCUGACGUUCCCGGCGACGAUGCGCGUGGAUUACAUCCGGGUAUACCAGCCCCGGGGCGCGAUCAAUAUUGGCUGCGAUCCGAAGAACUUCCCGACAGCUGCGUACAUUGAGCAAUAUAUCGAGGCGUACACAAAUCCAAAUUUGACGACAUGGGUAGACGACUACAAGCAGCCGUUCCCGAAAAGCAGCUUCCUAGGGCAAUGCUAG